AUGAACAGACUCACAUUUACUGUUUUCCUGUUGGCACUGGGUUUUCUUGUCUGCGAAGGAGGUAACCCAUGUUGCUCAGAGCCAUGCCAGAACAGGGGUGUUUGCACAGCAAUGGGCUCAGAUAAUUAUGAGUGUGACUGCACACGUACAGGCUAUUAUGGACAAAACUGCACAACUCCUGAAUUCCUCACCUGGAUCAAAGUAUCCCUGAAACCAUCGCCCAACACCAUCCACUAUCUCCUCACACAUUUUAAAGGCUUGUGGAACAUCAUCAACAGCAUCUCAUUUCUGAGGGACGGCAUCAUGAGAUAUGUGCUGACAUCUCGAUCCCACUUCAUUGACAGUCCUCCAACCUUUAAUGCGGAUUAUGGUUACAAAAGCUGGGAAGCCUACUCCAAUCUUUCCUACUAUACACGUACCCUCCCCCCUGUGCCAGAGGAUUGCCCAACACCUAUGGGAGUAGUAGGUAAAAAGGAACUGCCCGACAUAAAAGUUUUGGCUGAAAAACUCCUGAUGAGAAGGCAGUUUAUUCCGGAUCCACAAGGCACCAGCUUGUUGUUUGCAUUUUUUGCACAGCAUUUUACACACCAGUUCUUCAAAUCUGAUAUGAAGAGAGGACCUGCUUUUACCCAGGCUAAGGGUCACGGGGUGGACCUAAACCACAUUUAUGGAGACAACUUGGAGAAACAACACAAGCUCAGACUCUUCAAAGACGGCAAACUCAAGUAUCAGAUUCUGGAUGGAGAGGUUUACCCUCCAACAGUGAAGGAAAUUGGCGUGGACAUGCACUAUCCUCCUCAUGUCCCAGAAUCCCACCGCUUCGCUGUUGGCCACGAGGCCUUCGGUCUGGUCCCGGGUCUGAUGAUGUACGCCACAAUCUGGCUUCGUGAACACAACAGAGUGUGUGACGUGCUGAAGGAGAUUCACCCUGACUGGGAUGAUGAGAGGCUUUUCCAGACCACACGGCUCAUCCUGAUUGGCGAGACCAUCAAGAUUGUGAUUGAAGACUAUGUACAACAUUUGAGUGGAUACAACUUGAAGCUCAAGUUCGACCCUGAGCUGCUUUUUAACCAGCGUUUCCAGUACCAGAACCGCAUCGCAUCUGAGUUCAACACCUUGUACCACUGGCACCCUCUGAUGCCCGAUAGUUUCCACAUUGAGGAGAAAGAUUACAGCUACAAGCAGUUUGUCUUCAACACCUCUGUUGUGACAGAGCACGGCAUCAGCAACCUUGUGGAGUCAUUCUCCAAACAGAUUGCUGGACGGGUUGCCGGCGGUAGAAAUGUCCCAGGAGCUGUCUUGUACGUGGCCAUGAAGUCCAUCGAGCACAGUCGGCAAAUGCGAUACCAGUCGAUGAAUGCCUACCGGAAACGGUUUUUCCUGAAACCCUACAGUUCAUUUGAAGACUUAACAGGCGAGAAAGAAAUGGCCUCUGUGCUGGAGGAGAUGUACGGGCACAUCGACGCCGUGGAACUCUACCCUGGCCUGCUGGUGGAGAAACCUAGAACCAACGCUAUCUUCGGGGAGACGAUGGUGGAGAUGGGGGCGCCUUACUCCCUCAAGGGCUUGAUGGGAAACCCAAUCUGCUCCCCUGAAUACUGGAAACCGAGCACAUUCGGAGGCAGCGUGGGAUUCAGCAUCGUCAACACUGCGUCCCUGCAGAAGCUUGUCUGCAAUAACGUGCGGGGUCCCUGUCCUUUGGCUUCCUUUCAUGUGCCAGAUGUUAAAGAGACGGGCUCCAUGAUCAUCAACUCAAGCACGUCACACUCGGGCGGCAGUGAUAUCAACCCCACUGUCAUUUUGAAAGAAAGAACUACUGAGCUCUAAUUUUUCAACAAAUAUUUUUAUUAGGUUAUAAAAUAAUAUUUAUUUAUUUAUUUUAUAUUUAUUCUAAUGUUAUUUAUAGUAUACUAUAAAAAUUAAAAAAACAUAUUUUCUGUGUAAUUCUGCUCAUAUUUGUAUUUGUUUCAUUUGGUUUUUACAAAGAAAGUCUUAUGUUUAUUUAUUGAGAGAUUCAUUGUAUUGUAAGUUAUUGUCACAAAAAUAACCUCAGUCACUGCAACUUGAUACUUGAAUACUAGUUUACAGUUUUGACUCUGCAUUUAUGUGCCUUACACUCUAAAUGUUUCCUGAGUUUAGCUGUUACACUUCUAUUUAUGUACAUGGACUUAAAUGCUUUUCAAGUACACAUCUGUAGAGGCUUAUGGGGUCCAGUGUAGUGGCGCAGUUUAGUACUGACAUUCACAAAUACUGUGUUGAAUUUAUUUCAGACAUAUGAAAAAACAUUCCUACUUUCUAUCUGUGGAUUGUGAGGGUAAUUUAAAAUGCUAAGAACUUUUAGAAGUGCCUUGUUCCAUAGAAAUUGUUGUAUUCAAUGCCUGCUGACUUGAAAAAUGAAUCACAAUAAAAGCUGAGCAGAAAUGA